AUGACGGAUUUGGUUUGGUGCAAAGCGUUCCCACCAACCCUGGAAGGAUUAGGUUCGAAAUGGUAUGGGGCCAUCCUUAAAGGUUUUGUAUACUCGUAUAAUCAACUGAAGAGGAUGUUCAUGGAUCAUUUCAUAACCUUGGUAGAUCGAACUAAGAUGACAACUGAGCUGAUGUCACUAGUUCAGGGGAAGGAUGAGCCCCUGAGGGAGUUCAUCACUAGAUUCAACAAGGAGGCAACAACCAUCCCAAAUAUGAGCCAGGAGGUAGCACUCUUGGCCAUGCAGAGCGGCUUGCUGCCAGGUUCGCCGUUCAGAGCGUAUAUGGAGCGUAAGAGCCUCAAAACGCUGGCUGAGGCGCUGGGCAAAGCGCACGAGUUCAUCAAGGCAGACGAAACUAACAGAGCAAUGUUGAGCAGGAAGGCGCCAAGCAACCCAGUUAAGCGGGCAGAAGUCACCCGGACAGAAAAUGUAGCCGGGGCUUACCAGCCAAGCAGAGCUGAACAAGUUCGCAGAGAAGCGGACAGAGAUGUGGGGGUAAAAAGGUCAGAUCCAAAGAGAGGAGGAAGGCCAGGAAGGUUUGAUCAAUGUACCCCACUAACUCAGUCGAGGUCUCACAUCUUCAGUUUGAACAAAGAUGAUGAUAAAUGGCAGAGACCCCAGAGGAUGGUUAACAGGAACCAUGAUCCCAGCAAGUGGUGUGACUUUGAUAGAGACCAUGGUCAUACCACUGAUGAGUGCACGCAUUUGAAGGAUAACAUAGAAGAUCUGGUCAGGAGGGGAUACCUGAAUCAGUUCAAGCAGCACGUUGAUCCUCCCAGAAGAAGGGAUGAAGAUAGAAUAGGUCGUGACCGCAGAGGAGGUCACAGGGGUCCCGCUGAAGACAGGGACAGAGAUAGUAAGCUAGAAAGCAGAGUGUAUGUGAUUAGUGGAGGACCAGUGCACGGGGGAACAAUGAACAAGGCACGAGUAGACCUGUGA